AUCUUGCCCGUUCUCUCAUUUUCAAAUUUCUUUCUUUUCGUCGUGUGUUAGGAACACGAAUCUAGAGAGCCAAGUUUUGUUCCGGGCAUAGCCGGCGUAACAGAGGCGCCUUCUCGAGGGCCACAAAAUCGCCAUGGAUCUCCAGGAAACGCAGCGCCUCCUUUCCGAACACCUCCACUCGCUGGCUGACCUGUUCCAUCGGAUCCCCGGGUCUGCUAUCCUCCUCCGCUAUGUGAAAUCGAGUUACCAGAAUGAUCCGGUCCGGUCGGCCGUCGAACUGUUUCUCUUCCUCUUCGCGGUGCGGUAUCUCCUCGCGCCCAAGUACUCGACCAAGCCUGGAGUGGUCAAACUUUCGGAGGAUGAGAUCGAUGACCUGGUGGAUGAAUGGACGCCUGAACCCUUGGUUGGACGGCCCUCGCCUCUGGAGGAAAUGGAGGUGGAAAAACGGACGGUGAUUGUUGGACCGGUAGGACCCAAGUCGAAACUGGCCAACGGCCGCACGGUGGUCAAUCUGGGAUCGUACAACUUCUACAACUUCAACGCCAACGAGUCGCUUAAGGAGAAGGCGAUCCAGACGCUGCGCAACUACGGCGUGGGGCCCUGCGGUCCUCGCGGGUUCUACGGGACGCAGGAUGUCCAUAUGAAGACCGAGGCGGACGUGGCGGCGUACCUGGGCACGGAUGCUUGCAUUGUCUACUCGCAGGCGUUCUCGACCAUCUCGAGCGUGAUUCCGGCCUUCUCGAAGCGCGGCGACAUCAUCGUUGCGGACAAGGGUGUCAGCUAUGCCAUUCGCAAAGGUAUUCAGAUCUCCCGUAGUAUCGUCCGGUGGUACGAGCACAAUGAUCUGGAAGAUCUGGAGCGCGUGUUGGCCAAGGUCACCAAAGAACAAGCCCGAAAGCCGCUCACGAGGCGGUUCAUUAUCACGGAGGGCCUGUUCGAGUCCUACGGGGAUAUGGUCGACUUGCCGAAGAUUAUCGAACUCAAACUCAAGUACAAGUUUCGAUUGAUCCUGGACGAGACAUGGUCGUUUGGUGUUCUGGGUAGAACUGGUCGAGGCGUGACGGAACACCAGAACGUGGAUGCUGCCGAGGUUGAUAUGAUUGUGGGAUCGCUGGCCGGACCACUCAUUGCCGGAGGAGGGUUCUGCGCUGGCUCGGAGGAGAUCAUUCACCACCAACGCAUCUCUGCGGCAGCUUACACGUUCUCGGCCGCCCUGCCGGCCCUUCUGUCCACCACUGCCAGUGAUACUAUCAAUAUCCUCCAGAACAGCCCGGACCUCGUCUCGCAGCUGAGAGAUCUGACCAAGGCGAUGUGGGCUCAACUUGAUCCCCGCAGCGACUGGGUCCGUUGUACCAGUGCCCCCGAGAACCCGAUCAUGAUUCUGGUCAUCAAGCCCGAGGUGGUGGCUGCGAAGCGGCUCACCGCCGACGACCAGCAAUAUCUGCUGCAAGAUGUUGUCGAUGAGUGCCUUGCAAACGGUGUGCUCAUCAGUCGCUUGAAGACGCUGCACGACAAUUUCGAACCCAAGCAGGACAUCCCGCCGGCCCUGAAGGUUUGUGUGACGAUGGGCCUGACGAAGAAAGAGAUUGAGAAGUCGGGCACGACCAUUCGACAUGCCAUUACAAAAGUCCUAAGUCGACGCAAGUGAGCCGCCGACGAUUCAUUCAUGUCCUAUGAUCUUUACGAGUCUGUAGCAUAAUUCUGUCUUGUGCAAGUUGUCCGUCCACUUGACUCUGGUCGUGCAUAGAAAGCCCCCAUUCUUCGUGUGUUAUUAAUUCCUUUCUUUUACCCUUCCUGACACCGUUGUUUUUUUUCCCUUCAAGAACAUUUUUAAUAAUAAGAUUUGCAUUCAAGC